UGUUGUUGUCGACCGUCCCUCAGAAAGUUAGACAGGCUGUCAGAGAGAGGCACCACUUGGGUCAAGGGUCAUUCAUAGAAUGCUGUCUACUGUUGGUGUUCCCAGUCUGGCCAGCAGUGUGUGGGGCUAUGUGGAUAAAACAAUAAGGUGGUGCUGGAUUCCCAACUGGCUGCCAUCGUGGUGUCCAACUUCAAAGAGCCAUCUGCAAGCUUCAGAGGAGAAGAUGCUGCAGUAUGUCAGCACUGCAUUUACUAAAGAGUUUGUUCCCAUCUCCAACGACAAUCUUCUGUGGACCCUGACUUUUUGCAAUGACCAUGUUAAAGAUAAAACUCCCUUAGUUCUGCUGCAUGGCUUUGGCGGCGGGGUGGGCCUGUGGGCUCAGAAUCUGGAUGAUCUCUCCCAGCAUCGGCCUGUCUUUGCACUGGACUUACUGGGUUUUGGCCAGAGCAGCAGGCCUGUGUUCUCAACAGAUGCAGCAGAAGCAGAGGAUCAGUUUGUCGAGUCCAUAGAACAGUGGCGGGCCAGCGUGGGUCUGGAGUCUAUGAUACUUCUUGGUCACAAUCUGGGAGGAUACCUCGCUGUGUCAUACUCUAUUAAAUACCCAGGCAGAGUAAAGCACAUUGUCCUGGUUGAGCCCUGGGGUUUACCUGAUCAUCCGGAGACGACAGAACCAGACCGGCCCAUCCCUGUGUGGAUCAAAGCCCUUGGUGCCAUGUUCAGUCCCUUCAACCCCCUGGCUGGCCUGCGACUGGUAGGACCACUGGGUCCCACUCUGGUGCAAACACUAAGACCCGACUUCAAGAAAAAGUUCUCCCUCGUGUUCACUGACAACACUGUGCCAGAUUACAUCUACCACCUGAACGUGCAAAGCCCCAGUGGGGAAACUGCUUUUAAGAAUAUGACUGCGCCAUGUGGCUGGGCCAAGAGGCCAAUGUUGCAGAGGAUUGACCAGCUGCAGUCUGAUAUCCCCAUCACCAUCAUUUAUGGCUCCCGCUCCAGCAUAGACAGCAUCUCAGGCAUCACCCUCAAAAAGAUGAGGCCACGCUCUCAUGUGGACAUCAUAACAAUCCGUGGAGCCGGACACUAUGUGUAUGCCGACCAGCCUGAGGACUUUAACUACAAGGUCUUGGAAGCAUGUAACAAACUGGAAUGAAAGCGGAGACAAGCUUGAAUGUUGAACUCCAGUGGGGGGAAAAACUGGGACGGACAUCACUCUGUCACACACUGUGGAACCUCAGAAUCCCACUUUCCCAAAGGACAAAAAUAAGUGUUUGCACAUUAAAAAUAUUGCAAAGUGAACAGUGACCUGGUGUGACUCGUACAUGUUGUAUCAUCUGACCAGUGAGUCAGCUGUAUUCUUAGAAACUUGGUGAAUGGUGACUCUGAGUUGACAUCACUGAUCGGGGCCUGUUGGCCUCCAUCACAUGCUUAUUUUGCAGCACACAGAAUCUUGUGGCUGUGCGUCACUUGUUUUUUUUUCUUUGUUAUAAAGGUUUUUUGAAAUUGCCUCUCCCAAAUGCAGUAACCUCAGUGUUAAGUGAAUGCAGGUGAUUAUCACCUUUCAAUACCGUUUAUAAACCAUUUCAUGUAAAAACUGUUGAGAGAAAUUAUCACUUUUUUUUUCUAUUUCUGUGAGAUACUGAGAAUGAAUGUUUUAGCAUGCUUAUUUCAUAAAUCCAAUGACAGCUGCAAUAAUAAUGAUAUGAAUAUUAAUAUGAUCAUUUGAGUGAUGUCUGACUGAAGCACAACGGGUAUUUAGGAGUUACAGUUACAAUGUCAUGUAUUUGAUGUCCCAUGCAUUGUGUUCAGCCUAUGGUUUGUGGUUUUUCCCAUUUGAUUCUGAUAUAGAUACACAACCUCGGUAUACAGGACCAGUGCAUCAGCAACAGGAAGAGGUUUUAGAUGAAUCUGCUUCCAAUAAUAGCAUGUGUCCUCUGUAAUGUGCUUUCCUGUCAAACACAAGUGGUCGUUUCAUCUGCAAUAACUGUGAAUAUCACCAUAAACCCUCUGUUGUACUCCUCCUGUUUUGCAUAAGUUAUAUUUAUAUAGAGACUAAAGUGGCUUCAUAGUGUAGUGUUCUGCACAUUUGUCCGGCAAAAAAUCCUGGAAGGAGACAAAAACCUCGUUGGCUUAGCAUUAGGAAGGACGUCUGGUUUAAAUAAAAAAAAAAAAAAAAAAAAUCUUUCAAAUUAAACGUGGAGCUUUCUGUUGUGAUGACCUCCUGUGAACAAGGGAGCAGCUGACAGUAGCUUUAUAAUAGUCCAUGUUAUGGAGUGUAUCAUGUAAUGCAGGCAGUAUAUUCCAUAUUAUUUAUAACAGCAUAAAGAUACUAUAGAUUUUCAGCCUGGCAGUGCGGAUCUAUACAGCCUUACUGUAACAGUGGCUACUGUUACAAUAUGCGAUAUUUGGUGCGCUCUAUGGAUUUUUGUCAUAGACUAUUAAAAGACAAAUGUAGCCACCAUGACCGUAAUUACUGGUUUUCAGAUUUGCAUUUUUUGGGGAUGGGGAGUGAAGUGACCAUAUUUACAGAGACACACAUACCUUCUAAUGGUGGUAUAGUAACACACUUCUGGGGGGCAGGGCUUUCAGCUGCUCUGCUUAUCGACUUUGGAAUUCCCUACCUCCUGAUAUAAGAAAUAUCUAUCCCACAUAACCUUUUCCAUCCUCCUAUUUUAAAUCUAUUUUUAUGUUUUAGGAUUUUGUAAACUGCCUGUUUUUAUGCUUGCUUUGUUCUGCUGUAUACAAUGUCCCUGAG